UUUUCAUAGUCUGUUUUCCGGAAUAUUAGCUACUUUCAUUUCCGGAAGGUACUCUCACUUCCGGUUUGAAGCAUUGUUCAGCAUCUUUCAGGGUCCGGUUGGCAGUAACAUCUUGGAUGUCAGAAGACUUGGUAAACCUUCAUAAGGCAAUCAAAGAAAACAAUUUAAAAGUUGUUGAUGGCAUUUUACAAAAUGAAGCGCAAAGAGAAGACCCUAACUACACAUUGGAUAAUAAAGCAGCUCUAGGUACUGCUGCGGAGGUGGGUCACUGUGAGAUUGGUGAACUGUUGAUCAAACAUGGAUGCGACGUUAACGUAGGAGCAGCCAUCUUGAAAUCUCCUGUAUUCUUAGCAGCAAGAUGUGGACAUCUUGAAUUUGUCAAACUCCUUAUCCAGCACGGAGCAAAUAUUUCGCUUAGAAAUGCUGCAGGUAAUACUCCAUUUCACGAGGCCUGUCUGAAUGGUCACUUGGAAAUUGUACAGUACCUACUGAGUCAGCUGGGAUGUGACGUCAACGAUCGGACAAAUGGGAAGGAAACGCCACUACAUAUGGCCUCCCUAAAUGGCCACAUAAACAUUGCCAAGGAACUUUUAAGGGCUGGAGCAGACAUGUCUGCUGUGAAAGGUGGAGUGGGACCUAGUGCUAUACAUCUAGCUACAGCGAGCGACAGUUCAGAAAUCGUAGAACUCCUGAUAAAUUCUGGGGUGGAUGUGGAUAUGACGAUAAAGGAGAAUGACCGGACAGCAAUCCACAUAGCCUGCAUCAGUGGCUCUAUCAAGUCUGCAAAGGUCCUGAUCUCUCACAAAUGUGAUGUGAAUAAGAUAAGUAUGGAAAACGAUGAAAUGAAGAGUCCACUUUUAAAAGCUGUUGAACUCAACAAAACGGAGCUAGCUCGUCUGCUGAUAGAGGCCGGGGCAGACCUUAACCAUGGCGACCACUAUGGAGCCACACCCCUUAUAAUGGCAACUCACUUCCAUAACCUGGAUCUUGUCUACAUGCUUGUUCAGGCUGGAUGUGAUGUCAACAAGAAAACAAAGAAUGGAUUAACUCCCUUUAAAACUGCUCUUCAGCCAUACCCUCAUGUAUGGAUGAUGACUCUAUUUAUAGUAGCAGGUGCAGUUGUUUCCGAUCAUGAUGUCUCAAUGUUGAAGGCAAUGACAACCCAGAAGUCAUAUUUUAGUACCGAAGAUAUGACAGGCCUAAUUAUGCUGGCUCGUAAUCCAUCAAAUCUGAAGAAUUAUUGUCGUAACACAAUCCGUUCAGUUAUCAAGAAACCAGUCUCUGCCUACACAGGAACUCUGAGCCUACCAUCCAUCUUAAUUGAUUAUUUACAUUUGAAGGAACUGGAAGGAUCCAAAAAGUGAUCAUUUGGUUGUACAUAUGGUUACAAAAUAUUUUGAUAGAUAUUUAGACUUUGUAGACAGAACUUUAUUUACCUGAAUACUGUAUUGAUUUGGCAACAAGCCUAUGCUUGGUAUUAAAUCAAGCCCACCCAUGUUUUCAGUUCUGCAAAAAUUCUAACAAAAUGUUAAUGUACCGGUAAUAUUCUUAGGUUACUUGUCCCUCAGACUGCAUGCAGUGUUAAGUCUUAUUGGGAUGAAAAUGUGUCUUGGACAUAUCAACAGCUUACUUUACACUUUCAACCCAUCUUCAAAUAGUGAAUAGUCAGUUAAAGGCUUGGUCAUUUACACUUUUUGCUUUACAAAGGAAACAGAAAAUUUUGAAAGCUCUUAAUCAGUUUUAAUGGCUGUUCAUUAGUUUUAGAUAUAUUUUCAAAUCAUAAAUUGAUGAAUCUUGUCCUAAACAAGAUAUUAUGCUGUAGUUUUUUAGGCUAUAAGGACGUUUUACUCAUGUACAAUAAUUAUUAUUAUACACAUUUUAUUUACAAUUCUACCAUGUUUGCUAUGUAACGCCAGUUUUGAUUGGUUAAAAACCAUGUAUUAUUUUCCAAUAACCCAUGCUCGUGCCAAUAAUA